AUGACGAUGACGAUGAAUGACGAUGACGUUGAAGAUGAUGAUGACGGUUACGACGACGAUUACCAUGACGGUGACGAUGAUGAUGAUGAUGAUCAUGACGGUGACGACGACGAUUUCCAUGACGUUGACGAUGACGAUGACGAUGAUGACGGUGACGACGUCGAUUAUCAUGACGUUGACGAUGAUGAUGACGAUGAUGAUGACGGUGACGGUGAUGAUGAUGACGAUGAUGAUGACGAUGAUGAUGACGAUGACGAUGAAGAUGACGAUGAUGACGACGAUGAUGGUGACGAUGAUGAUGACGAUGACGUUGAUGAUGAUGAUGACGAUGACGACAGCGAUGACGAUGAUAAUGACGAUGACGACGAUCGUGACGAUGAUUGUAGUGACAAUGAGACUACGGAGUUCAGAUGA